CCUGGGUCGCAUCCAGACCAGAACAGAUUUGUCACUGAUGCUAAUGAGUGCCGCUCCGUGGGGCGCUGCUCUCCUUGGAAGCUCCUCAGAGGCCGGAUCUCAGGUUUAUGGAUCAGCAUGAUGCAAAGCCUUGAAGAGGGGGCAGGAGGUGAGCUGAUCAACUCCAAGGCUGAAUGGUUUGCAUGCAUGUCUAGAAGAGGAGACACAGGAAAGAGUGAGAGAAUUUCCCUGGGCUACUACUGAGUCGGAAAAGCUCAGCUCCCAAAGGGACUGUUUCCUGAGGCCUCACACUACUGGGAACAGAUUCACAAUGCAGCAAAGGCACCUGUGCACCAAGGUUGAGCCUGGUCACUGCUCCGGGAGCCCCAGGAACUGCCAGAUUCACCCACAAGGCAUGGGAACUUCGGGGCUGCGGCUGCCUUGAGUGCCCGGGACACGCACUGGAAAAGGUCUGUGGAUGGCUCCUGGAAGAUCUUGACUUUCUCCUGAGGACACCCUGUUUUCCUGGGUCAGUUCCCUGUCGGAGUAUCUCCCCAGCUGACCAUGAGCCAGCCAGACCCCUCCUGUCACCCAGAUCCCAGCCCUGUACCCCUGUGUGCGGUCUGUGGCCAAGCCCACUCCCCCGAGGAAAACCACUUCUACACCUACACCGAAGAUGUGGACGAUGACCUCAUAUGCCACAUCUGCCUGCAAGCUUUGCUGGACCCUCUGGACACACCCUGUGGUCACACGUACUGCACCGCGUGCCUCACCAACUUCCUGGUGGAGAAGGACUUCUGCCCCGUGGACCGCAAGCCACUGGUGCUGCAGCAUUGCAAGCGCUCCAGCAUCCUUGUCAACAAGCUCGUCAACAAGCUACUGGUGACCUGCCCGUUCUCAGACCACUGCACCGAGGUCCUGCAGCGUUGCGACCUGGAGCAGCACUUUCAGACAAGCUGUAAAGGUGCUUCCCACUAUGGCCUGACCAAAGAUAAGAAGAGGCGCUCUCAAGAUGGCUGCCCAGAUGGCUGUGUGAGCCUCACAUCAACAGCGCUCUCCCCAGAAGUCUCUGAAGCUGCCACCGUCUCCUUGGUGACCAAUGAGCCUGGCUUAGACAACCCUGCCUACGUGUCCACAACGGAGGAUGGUCAGCCAGCAGACAGCCCACUGGACUCUGGCCGGAGCAACCGAAUGAGGGCACGGGCCUUUGAGCGAUCAACUAUCAGAAGCAGGUCUUUUAAAAAAAUAAACCGAGCCUUGAGUGUUCUUCGAAGGACGAAGAGUGGGAGUGCUGUUGCCAACCAAGCUGACCAGGGCAGAGAAGAUUCUGAAGACACCACUGCCCCUGAAGUCUUUCCAAGGUUGUAUCACCUGAUUCCAGAUGGUGAAAUUACUAGCGUCAAGAUCAAUCGAGUGGAUCCUAACGAAAGCCUCUCCAUUAGACUUGUGGGAGGCAGCGAAACCCCGCUGGUCCACAUCAUUAUCCAGCACAUUUACCGUGACGGAGUGAUUGCCAGGGAUGGCCGGCUACUGCCAGGGGACAUCAUCCUGAAGGUCAACGGGAUGGACAUCAGCAACGUACCUCACAACUAUGCGCUGCGCCUCCUGCGGCAGCCGUGCCAGGUGCUGCGCCUCACUGUGCUGCGGGAGCAGAAGUUCCAGAGCAGGAGUGGCGGACAGGCGCUGGACGCCUACGGGCCCCGCGAUGACAGUUUCCAGGUGAUUCUCAACAAAAGCAGCCCCGAGGAGCAGCUUGGAAUAAAACUGGUGCGCAGGGUGGAUGAGCCUGGGGUGUUCAUCUUCAACGUGUUGAACGGUGGUGUGGCAGACCGACACGGUCAGCUGGAGGAGAACGAUCGCGUGUUAGCCAUCAAUGGACACGACCUUCGGUACGGCAGCCCAGAAAGUGCAGCUCAGCUGAUCCAGGCCAGUGAAAGGCGUGUCCACCUCGUCGUGUCCCGCCGGGUUCGGCUGCAGAGUCCUGACAUCAUUCAGGAUAAUGGCUGGAACAGCAACGGCAGCCAGUCCCCAGGGCCAGGGGACAGGAGCAGCAUUCCCAAGCCCCUCCAUCCUGUGGUCACUUGCCACGAGAAGGUGGUAAGCAUCCGAAAAGACCCCAGCGAAUCUCUCGGCAUGACCGUGGCAGGCGGGGCAUCACAUAGGGAAUGGGAUUUGCCUAUCUACGUCAUCAGUGUUGAGCCCGGGGGAGUCAUAAGCAGAGAUGGAAGAAUAAAAACAGGUGACAUUUUGUUAAAUGUGAACGGGAUCGAACUAACAGAAGUCAGCCGGAGCGAGGCGGUUGCAUUACUGAAAAGCACAUCCUCCUCGGUGGUUCUUAAAGCUUUGGAAGUCAAAGAACGUGAGCCCCAGGAAGCCUGCAGCAGCCCAGCAGCUCUGGACUCCAACCACAACAUGGCACCCGCCAGAGACUGGUCCCCCUCCUGGAUCAUGUGGCUGGAAUUACCACGGUACCUGUAUAACUGUAAAGAUGUUAUAUUACGAAGAAACACAGCUGGAAGUCUGGGCUUCUGCAUUGUAGGAGGUUAUGAAGAAUAUAAUGGGAACAAACCGUUUUUUAUUAAGUCUAUCGUUGAAGGAACACCAGCAUACAAAGAUGGAAGAAUUAGAUGUGGUGAUAUUCUUCUGGCUGUCAAUGGUAGAAGUACAUCAGGAAUGAUACAUGCUUGCUUGGCAAGGAUGCUGAAAGAACUUAAGGGAAAGAUCACUCUUACUAUUGUUUCUUGGCCGGGCACUUUUUUAUAGAAUCAAUGAUGGGGUCAUAGGAAAACAGAAAACUACAGAUAAGCUAUGUUGAAACAAUGUAUUUAUCUUGUCAAUUUUUUUAUUUAAAAGAUACACUGUAAAAAUGUAAACUAAUGUCAGGAAAAAUAUGAUCUAAUGAAAGCCAAUUACACCUCAGAAAAUGUAAUUCUCAAAACAUAAUUCUUAUCAAGUUUUUAUUCAGUGUGGAGGAUUUCUCACUACUCCACAACUUUAUUUUUCUAUUCAUUAAAAAGCUCUUAAACAGCUGAGAUCAUUUGUUAUUCCCCCACUGAAUUCAAAUCCUACAAUUAAAAAUUUGGUAUAUGCUGAGGUCUGUAAAGGGUAUAUUAUGGGCAUUAAAAAAAAAAAUUUACAGCCAGAGGAUUUUAAAAGUACACUGCUGAAAAAUGUUCCUUUCAUCAAAUGAGAAAUAUUUUUCAAAUUAUAGCUGUCUUUUAGUAUGUGAUAUUAAAUUCAUUUUUAUUUAUCACUA